AUGGAUUUCAUCAAGACCAGUUCCCUGCGUGCUCUGAUUGAGUUAACUUUCCAACGCAACUGGAAUGGCCUCAUUUGGAUGAGUAGAAAAGGAGUUAUAACCAAAAGAGUGAAGACUGUCCAGACGGCUCUAUCGAGAAACAGCGCCCAACCGCGCAGGAAUAUUGCCCCGCGGUCGGCUAAGCCACCAUCACGUCACGCUGUUACGCGCACGACCAUGCCGCGCGAGCCGGGGAACAAGGCCUCGCGGCCGCGCAACCCAUUCGCGUACCACGGCCGAUGCAUCCGUCCGAGCCGGGGAAGAUCGUCCCACGUGCGGCCGAGAAACCUUCGGCCAAAUCUCAAUCCGCCCGACCACGCCGGCCGACCGUGCAAUCAUCCGGCCACGACCAAAAGGAGUUACAACCAAAAGAGUGGAGACUGUCCAGACGGCUCUAUCGAGAAGCAGAGCCCUACCACGCAGUCCGGCUGGCCGAGGAACGCAUGUUCCGCGCUCGGCCAAAACUGUGUCCAUCCGUCUGAAGUCUCGGCCAAGUCCGAAACCACUCGGCCAAUCAUGCAUCACGACCCGGGAAACUUAAGCCCGCGGUCGGCCUCGCCACAACCGGCCACGCCACAGCUGCGCACGACCAAAGCGCGCGAGCUGGGGAGUAACGCCUCGCGUCCGGCCGAGAGAUUUCAUUGGCCAAACAUCUAUCCGCCCGACCAAGCCGGCCGACCGUGA